CUCCGCGCCGCCCAACGCGAGUCCCGCCGGCCCCGCUGGUCCGGCGGCCCCGGCGCGGCACGUCCCGCAGGGCGCAGCAGGUCUCUCGCGACCUGAGCAUCUGGGCAGGGCGCUGAGCGGUGGCGGCGAUGCCAGGGCGCGGGGCCCCGGGCCCUGGUUGGGGGCUGCUGCUGGUGCUGCUGGCGCUGGGCGAGCUGCCGCGGGCGCAGGGCGUCGAGGAGAAGCCUGGCGGCGCGCACGGGGAGAGCCAGGGCUUCCAGGUGGUCACCUUCAAAUGGCACCACGUCCAGGACCCGUACAUCAUCGCGCUCUGGAUCCUCGUGGCCAGCUUGGCCAAGAUCGGCUUCCACCUGUCCCACAAGGUCACCAGCGUCGUCCCCGAGAGUGCACUGCUCAUCGUGCUGGGCCUGGUGCUGGGCGGCAUCGUCUUGGCGGCCGACCACAUUGCCUCCUUCUCGCUCACACCCACGGUCUUCUUCUUCUACCUGCUGCCGCCCAUCGUGCUGGACGCCGGCUACUUCAUGCCCAACCGGCUCUUCUUCGGCAACCUGGGCACCAUCCUGCUGUACGCCGUCAUCGGCACCGUGUGGAACGCGGCCACCACCGGCCUGUCCCUCUACGGCGUCUUCCGCAGCGGCCUGAUGGGAGACCUGAACGUCGGGCUGCUGGACUUCCUCCUGUUCGGCAGCCUCAUCGCCGCCGUGGACCCAGUGGCUGUCCUGGCAGUGUUUGAGGAGGUGCACGUCAACGAGGUGCUCUUCAUCAUCGUCUUCGGGGAGUCGCUGCUCAACGACGCCGUCACCGUGGUCCUGUACAACGUGUUUGAAUCUUUCGUGACGCUGGGUGGUGACAAGGUGACUGGUGUGGACUGCGCGAAAGGAAUAGUGUCCUUCUUCGUGGUGAGCCUGGGGGGCACGCUGGUGGGGGUCGUCUUCGCCUUCCUGCUCUCGCUGGUGACGCGCUUCACCAAGCACGUGCGCAUCAUCGAGCCCGGCUUCGUGUUCGUCCUCUCCUACCUGUCCUACCUCACGUCAGAGAUGCUGUCCCUGUCGGCCAUCCUGGCCAUCACCUUCUGCGGCAUCUGCUGUCAGAAGUACGUGAAGGCCAACAUCUCGGAGCAGUCCGCCACCACGGUGCGCUACACUAUGAAGAUGCUGGCCAGCGGGGCCGAGACCAUCAUCUUCAUGUUCCUGGGCAUCUCGGCCGUGGACCCUCUCAUCUGGAAGUGGAACACAGCCUUCGUGCUUCUGACACUGGUCUUCAUCUCUGUGUACCGGGCCAUUGGUGUCGUCCUGCAGACCUGGAUUCUGAACCGGUACCGGAUGGUGCAGCUGGAGAUCAUAGACCAGGUGGUCAUGUCCUACGGCGGCCUUCGUGGGGCCGUGGCUUAUGCCCUGGUGGUCCUUCUGGACGAGAACAAGGUCAAGGAGAAGAACCUGUUCGUCAGCACCACCAUCAUCGUCAUCUUUUUCACUGUCAUCUUCCAGGGCCUGACCAUCAAGCCCCUGGUGCAGUGGCUGAAGGUGAAGAGAAGUGAACAGCGAGACCCCAAGCUCAACGAGAAGCUGCACGGCCGGGCUUUUGACCACAUCCUCUCAGCCAUCGAGGACAUAUCAGGGCAAAUUGGACACAAUUAUCUCAGAGAUAAGUGGUCCAAUUUUGAUAGGAAAUUCCUCAGCAAAAUCCUUAUGAGAAGGUCAGCUCAAAAGUCACGAGAUCGGAUUCUGAAUGUUUUCCACGAGCUCAACUUGAAGGAUGCCAUCAGCUACGUGGCCGAGGGAGAGCGCCGCGGGUCCCUGGCCUUCAUCCGCUCCCCCAGCACGGACAACAUGGUCAACGUGGACUUCAGCACCCCGCGCCCCUCGACCGUGGAGGCCUCCGUCUCCUACCUGCUGAGGGAGAACGCCAGCGCCGUGCGCCUGGACAUGCAGUCCCUGGAGCAGAGGCGACAGAGCAUCCGCGACACGGAGGACAUGGUCACUCACCACACACUGCAGCAGUACCUGUACAAGCCCCGGCAGGAGUACAAACAUCUCUACAGUCGACACGAGCUAACCGCGGACGAGGACGAAAAGCAGGACAAGGAGAUCUUCCACCGGACCAUGCGGAAACGCCUGGAGUCCUUCAAGUCGGCCAAGCUGGGCGUCAACCCGCACAAGAAGGCCGCGAAGCUGCUCAAGAGGGAGCGUGUCCAGAAGCGGAGGAACAGCAGCAUUCCCAACGGGAAACUGCCGAUGGUGAGCCCCCUGCACGACUUCACCAUUACGGAGAAAGAUUUGGAACUUCCAGACCCUGAGGAAGCCCCCAGCUAUGAUGCCGAGGAGAUGAGUGGGGGGAUCGAGUUCCUGGCGAACAUCACGCAGGACACAGCGACAGACUCCCCCUCAGGUGACACCGGCUCCGACGCGCCGCUGACUGGACGCUCGUCCCCGCGCGACGCCCCGCCCGCCGCCGAGAAGCCCCCGCGCGUGCGCGCCCCGAGCCCGGCCCCGCCCAGCCCCGCGAACGCCCCGCCCACUGCGCCGCCCGACCCCGAUACGGGAGCCGGGCCUGCUCCGGGGGCGGGGCCAGAGCGCCGCGGGCUACUUGGUGCGCACGCGCGGUCGGCGGCGGCGCGCCGCGUGCAUAGCCGGCGCUCUUUCCAGCGGCCGCGCGCGCGCCGCCGUCCCGCGUUGCUCAAGCUGUCUUCGCUGCAGCCGUCGUGCUACGCGCCGCCGCACGCGCUGGAGCAGGAGGAGACGCCGCUGUGAUGGCCGCCCACCAGGGGUCUGCACGCACGACCUCGCUCCCCGGGGGUGUGCCGCACGGCCGCGCCCCUCUGGGGUGUCCACCCCCCCCCCCAUGGCCGCGCUCCUCGGGGGGGCUCUCCGCCCCCAUCACGGCGGCUUUCCCGGGAUCUGCACCCAUUACCUCGCCCCGGGCGAUAACCUCGACCCUCACGACCUCGCCUUCCAGGGGUCUCUACCCCCGCCAUAGCCGCCCAUCCGGGGGUCUGCUCCUAUGGCCGUGUUCACCUGGGGCCGUGCCCUCCAUGGCCUCACUCCCAAGGGGUCUUCCGGUCGCCUGGAGUAGCCCUGGACGCUCACCCAUCCACUUGGGUGCUGGGGUGGGCAGGAGCUGGACUCCCCGGGGACCAGCUGUGCAGCAAGGCCUGAACCUCGGCACUGCAUGGGGUUCUUGCAGAGAGGCCGCUGCGGGCCAGGAAGUGGGCCGUGAGCCUCCUCCACCUUCUGGGAGGCCUGGGCAGGUGCCCUUGCCGGGAGACUCCAUUGUGGGCCCUCUGUCCCCUGCCCUGGAUUUGAACUGAGCCGGCACUUGUGUGUUACUGUUUCCACAGUCACCCCUGACUCAGGGACAGUCUGUGCUUGAGUUCUUGCCACCAGUGUCCAUUCUCAUCACUGCUGGGGAAACAGACCCAAACCAGAUGAGAUUUGCCCACUGUGAUACCCACCCAAGACUCCAGGCCAGGCUGGCCUCUCCCAAAGCCCCCAGGCUUCUCACCUUGGGGCAGCCCCGACUCCAGGGUGGGAUGCGGGAUAUCUUCGUGUCCACUCACCAGGUCUUUGAACCACCUGUCACCUUAGGGACUGUAGGUACAGCUGCAGAAACAUUCUUCGUUUGCUCAUCCUUUUUGUGCUGAGAUUCCCAGAGCCCAGCCCUCGCCCCGCAGACACCCCAGUCUCAGUACGGUGGCUUCUGGGUCUGUAGGCUGAUGUGCGGAUCUGCUCACCACGUGAGCCGCUCACUCAGCCGUCACCAGGACAGGAGUGACACACGGUUUGCAGUACUUGUGCCCACACUCGCAGCCACUGUGACCCACUCUGUGAGCACAAAAGCCAGCCAUUGUCUGACCCACAGACCAAGGCACAUGCUCCGUCCACUCACUGCAGGAGUGGUUCAUCCAGAGCAGGCUGGCCAGUCCAGACUCCACAGCCCAGCCAGCCCGGCAUCUCCAGCUGCCUUAACAACUCCCCUGGACCGCUGGACCCAGAUCUGAUUCCCGGCUGCAGGGCCAGAGGCUGAGCCGGGGAGAGCAGCUCUGGACGGCCACUCGACACAGUAGAGAGUAAACCUGCAGGUGGCCAACCUCUCCUGGGCCGGCUCUGCAGCCGGUGUUUUCUGGGAUUGGGAGGCAGGCUCUCUGUGACCGGCACAAGCUGAGCACAGCAUCGUGAAGGUUCCAGGCCGGACAUUUCAACCUGAAAGACUGUGUUUGGUCUGUGACACGGUGUUAUAAACCCUAGUACUGUGGAUACAUUUCAUAAAUGAGAAUCCUAGCUGUUCUUGUCAUUGUAAAACAGAAUGUAAACAGUCUUAUGAAUGUAUUUCCUUAGGAAAACUUGUAAAAAUUUUUAUUAGGAAAGAAUUCUUAUUUAUUUAAUACCGAACUUUGGCCUACUUUGUGGUAGACCAUAAUGUACACAAAUUUAGGGGUCACUCUCACUUCUGUAUUUUCUUGAAAAUAAUUUUGUUACAGUGCUCACAUACUGUGUACUAUUGAUCUCUAUUGUUAAAGGAGAUUUAGUGGAGAAAUUUCACUGAAACUGGAAUUGGAAUGUAUUUUAAGCUAUAAGUGGUGAAGAUUGUGAAUGCUAAUUUUGUGAAUGUAGUCUAGUCAAGCUUUGUGUGACCCGAAUCACAAUCCGCGUGCCUUAUCAAAGUCCUGCCCCAUGUGCUGUCGGCAGCGUCUGGGCAGCGCCCACCACAGACCCUACAACAACUGCUUGAUCAAGUCCAUUAAAAACGUUUCAAGGCG